AUGAAUCACACUCCACUUCAUAAUCCUAACCCAAACCCAAAUAAUCAAGAUGCCAAUACCCCACCCCAACAACCAAGACAACAACAAGAACCUCUCAUUGAUAUGCCACCUUGGAACCAAUCCCCUCCUCAAAACCAACCCAAUUAUCAACCACCACAACCACAAAACCAACACUUCCACCAAAACAACCAACGUCAAAACAAUGCUUUUCAAUUUCAAAAAGUACAUUACCCAAAUCAACCUACUUACCAACAACCUCCAAUGUACCAAAAUCCGAUGUACCCACAACAACAACCUCCUUACAACGAAUACCCUAACUACCAACCUUAUCCACCACCAAUCUACAAUCCCCAAAAAUACCCAUAUCCACCUUACCAACAACCACCCAAUUACAUGCAACAAUAUCCCAAUCACCCCUUUCCACCCAAUCCCCCUCUAGAGUUGACAUUUAGACAAAUGAUGGAGACGGAUGUUACUCACAUACCCCUUGGUAUUGUUUAUCCCGCAAAUCGCCGAGGAAUUGAAUUGAAGUCAAGUUUCAUACAUCAACUAACCAAGUUCCAUGGUUUGGAUAAAGAAGAUCCUUAA